UGCAUAGGAUUGAUGUUCACCCACGUUGAUGGUUACUAUUCAAACACACGGGAUGAAGUAAACAAUGUAAAUGUAAGUGUUUAAAUCGGAUUGACACCUGUAUCGUUCAGGCGCUGCUUUAUAAUGUCUCCUUCCUAUCUAUUCAGUUUAGGAAAUCAAUAGACAGCAGCUGUCGAUAUUAACUCGAAACGUUCUUGUUUUGAUUGUUUCCCUCAAUGAACUAAUCUCUGCUCUGUUGACACCACAUUCACCAGACGAUAAAAUAAUCUGUGUCAUUUAAUUCAGUAAAUACAUGAGUGCAGCACCGCUAAUAAGACAUUUAUCUAAAUCCAAGAGUUCAAUUCAUUUAUUCACAUCGACUAUUCCUUCUACGUAUGUCUGAAGGUAUGUGGCUAGAUUUCAAGCGUCACCAGGAUGUUUACUGUUACUCAAAUAUUUACCUUCUGCUGUUUCUCUCGGGGCUAACUGUGCUAACAAAUUCACAGAUUACCUCGACUGGUCAUCAAAGUUUGACAGUUACGUCUGUUUCUAGGCUUCAUAAUAUCAGCAAAUGGUAAUGAGCCUUCGAGUUUCGGAGCUCCAGGUGUUGUUGGGGUAUGCAGGGCGGAAUAAGCACGGACGCAAACAUGAACUUUUGACCAAAGCUCUCCACCUACUCAAGGCUGGUUGCAGUCCUGCGGUCCAGAUGAAGAUCAAGGAGCUCUACAGACGGCGCUUCCCAACCAAAAUGGUUUCGCCAGUGGACCUGGCCCUGCCUGGCGUUCACUCUGCCUCCAGCCUGCCCGCUGGCCUUGCUCAGCUGGGGUUUGACAGCCACGGUUCGCCGUCACCUCUGCUGCCUGUAUCUUUACUUGGGCCUAAACAUGAGCUGAGUCUGCCUCACCUCCCCUCCGCCCUGCACCCAGUACACCCUGAUGUCAAACUCCAGAGACUACCUUUCUAUGACGUGCUGGAUGAGCUCAUUAAACCAACCAGCCUGGCCUCAGACAAUAGUCAACGGUUCCAGGAAUCAUGUUAUGCCUUCGCAUUAACACCACAACAAGUUCAACAAAUCAGCAGCUCCAUGGACAUAUCUGCGACUAAAUGUGACUUUGCGGUUCAAGUCCAGUUAAGAUUUUGUUUGUCGGAGACGAGCUGUCCCCAGGAGGAUCAUUUCCCCUCUAAUCUGUGCGUGAAGGUGAACGGCAAACCCUGUAAUCUGCCGGGAUAUCUUCCUCCCACCAAAAAUGGAGUUGAACCAAAAAGGCCCAGUCGUCCUAUUAACAUAACCUCGCUCGUGCGAUUGUCCACCACAGUCCCCAACACAAUUGUGGUGUCAUGGACCUCAGAAAUUGGGAGGAGUUUUUCCAUGGCUGUUUAUUUGGUAAGACAGCAGUCAUCUGCAGUGUUGCUGCAAAGACUAAGGGCCAAAGGAAUAAGGAACCCUGACCACUCAAGAGCUUUAAUCAAAGAAAAACUGACCGCAGAUCCAGAGAGUGAAAUCGCCACCACCAGUCUACGAGUCUCUCUCCUUUGUCCUCUGGGGAAGAUGAGGCUGACAAUCCCUUGCAGAGCGUUAACAUGCUCACACCUUCAGUGCUUUGAUGCUACGCUUUACAUCCAAAUGAAUGAGAAGAAGCCGACCUGGGUUUGUCCAGUCUGCGACAAGAAGGCUCCAUAUGAGCACCUCAUAAUUGACGGGUUGUUCAUGGAAAUCUUGAGUAGUUGUUCUGAUUGUGAUGAAAUCCAGUUCUUAGAAGAUGGAAACUGGUCCCCCAUGAGGUCAAAGAAAGAGGUGCAGGAGCUGUCUGCUUCGUAUAAUGGGGUUGACAGCGAUUCGUCUCGAACAGAUACGCAUGAGCUGAAACGGGGGUCAAACGACAACAAGAAGUUUGAUGUGAUAGACCUGACGCUGGACAGCUCCUCGGAGGAAGAACCGGAUGAUGAGCCACCUCCUAAGAGGGCCUGUCCCUCACUUUCACCAGUCUCUCCACCUCCAAACAAGGGAGUUUUGAACCUACACGGCCAGGACUCACCUGUGACCAGAGCUCCCAGCAUGCCCUCUGUGGAAACAAGCUACAUUCCUCCUCCUCCACCUCUUAUCCAGGACUACCGCCACUAUUACCACACAACUAGUGACCUGCCAGAUCUAAAUUUCUUCUCCUUCCUCCAAGGCGACAAUCAGCAUUACAACAUGGUGAUGGCCGCCGCAGCAGCUGCAUCGGCCUCCGAGGACCACGAGCUGCUACUCAACCGUUUCCUGCCGUACGGCUCCUCUCAGAUGCUCCGGGAGCCGCCGGGCACCCCGGGGAGCAGCACGCUGGCGGCCACCAACGGAGGCAGCAACAGUGGCAGCACCAGCAGUUUGGUGUCUUCCAGCAGUCUGCGGGACCGAGACAAAGACAGAGAGCGAGACCGGGACAGGGACAGCCACGCCCUCUCAGGAUUGUCGAGGUCCUCGGUGGAAGCUGCAGCGGCCAUUUAUGGCUCCAUAUCUGACGUUAUCUCUCUUGACUAGACCCACACAGAACUGAAGGACACGGGGGACCUCGAGAACAGGAGUACUUUGUAAAUAAGGAAGAGGAAGAUGAAAGAAUACAGUCCUAUGUACAGAGAGGAAAAUCUAUUUUCAAUUUUACUUAUCAUAUGUAUAUAAACUUAGGACGCUUCUUGUCCAGUGAUUUACUUCAGUUGAUAUUUUUCUGUGAAUACUGAAGACUUUUUCACACCUCUUCAUGUGGUCCUUUGAUUAUAUUGUAUCUUUUGUACCUGGUUUUUACAGUUUUGUUUCGAUAUUCCAUGUCAAUGGCAUUAUUUCAGUAUGUUACAUGCACAGAACCCAGUAAGGUGACACCUUAUGGAACAUGAUAUUUAGAAUAUAAAGAAAAUGGGCAUUGUUAUAGAUGUACAAAAGGCAAGUUACAGCAAAACAGGAAAAAUGUUUAACACUUUCUCUAUUUUCAAAAUGGCAUCAUUUCUGUCAAAGACAAUGUUUUGACAAGAGAAAGAUCUGGCCAUUUAUGCCAUCACUGUAGAUUUUUCUGAAAGACAUUCAUGCUGUGGUCAUAUUAUUUUUAAGAAAUUAUUUAUGAUGUAAGUUAUGUUUGAUGUAUGCUGUUUUUUAAAGAAGCAUUCCCUAUGCCUCGAGGAACCGUUGCCACUAGAAUUUGCAAAAGCAAACGCUACAUCCUUCUGUUGUCAUGACUCUGCACUCGUUUCCAUCUCCUUUCUUCAGUCAAAUCAGAGUUCAUACUCUAUUUAACAUACAUAUAAAUUGGGAGUAAGUUAGUAUUGUAAGAGCGUGUUUUUUCAGUGUGUGAAUGGCUCUAGUCCAGCAAGCAGCCUUCUCUUGGCAAGUGAAACAAUCGGACCUUUAUUCACAUUCAAGACCUGCAGUAUUGUGUCUUUUUUUUUUAAAGCACAGCUGCUCUAAUGCCCUAUUACAUGCAAAAGAAUAUACACAGUGAAUAUUAUUUUCACUGUGUAUAUUCGAACGAGAGUGAAGUUGCGAGUCGUCAAAUUCCUUCUCCGCAUUCAAGACAAGGCUAGUUUCUGGUCCACUUAAAGUAUUUAUUUAAUUGAAAGGCUUAAAAAGUGUUCAGCGAGUGCAGGUGGAUUAAUGACAUUUCAUGCUAUCUUUGUUUUAUUUUAGCAAUUUUUUUUUACCUAAAGAUUUGUAUGGAGCUGUGAAGAGUUCACAGUUGCAUUAAGAACAUUAGUAGUUUCCAGCUUUGCAUGUGUCUGCGAAUUACCUGAAAGCUGACCUGUUAGAGUGCUAUGCUGGUUCUUAGUGAGUCCACAGGAUUAGCAUAGCCCCAUGUUUUUGUUGUUUAGUGUAUUUACAACAGCCUUUAAUUAAGAUAUCUGUGAUAGCUUAGUCUUCAAGUGUAUCACGACAUACAUUUUGGCCUAGAAGUUCAAAACUAUUGAAGUAAUGAUGGACACACCUCCUCCCUUAAUUUUUCUUUACUUGUGCUUACAGUUAGGAUUAUUUAUUAUCAUAUUUCCAGCAUUUGUUUGAUUUGUGGAUAUGCAUUGCUGUCAUUGUACGUGAUAUUUCUUUUGUAAUUAUAUAAUUAAUGCUAUUUAAAAAUGUCAUUGUUGCUUGACACGCAAUGUAUCAUUUUUUGUUUCUCUGUCCGCUUUAUUAUCAGAUGAUGUCAAUAACUCAUUAGAGGCUUUGAUCAUUUUGAACCGCUACAAGGUCUACUGUGCUGUUUGAUAUUUGUAAGAAUUAAACAGAUAUAAGAAAGUG